ACCCCGUCGGCACCCAUGGCGGAGGCGGCCGGCCCCGUCCGCCGGGCCAGCCGCGGCCACCGCGCCAAGCUCGCGGCCCCGUCGCUGCACGCCGUGCUCCUGCUGCUGGCGGCAGCCGCCUGUCUCGUGAGCUGCGGCGGGGUCGACGUGGACGACAAGGGCGCUGAACUUCCCCCGAGACGGUUCCCCAGCGGGCCGAACCUGGACAAGCUGCGGCUGCACGUCAACGAGACGGGGCCGCCGCCGACGCCCUCCUCGCAGGCCUCGCCGGCCCGGGCCACCGCCGCCACCGCUGCCACCGCCGUCAACCACACGGUGGUCGUCGGCGUCGCUCCGCCCGCCGCCACCGCCAGACCCUUCCUGGAGCCCACCAAGUCCGCCGCCGUCCUGGUCGGCGUGUUCGUCAGCGUCGCGCUGGUGGGGUACUUCUCCCUGCUGGUGUGGCGACGGGUCUUGGAGAGGAGGUACGGCAACCGGGAGAUUCUAGUCAACGAGGAGCAGUUCGAGCAAGACCGGGACCUGAGGAAUUUCCAGCUGUGAGCCGAGGACACGACUUCAGCUUCAGCCAGUUCCUGGGCAGGUCAUCGUGGCAGAGCGCAGCAGAGCGCCUGCACGUGCAUUUCGAGACUGAAAGACUGCCGCGGCGCGCGGGACCGAGGAGUGCAAGUCAAAUGGGCCCCUGUGGCCCCUGUGGCCGUGCUGCUAGGCAACCCAUUCGACUCCCGUGAGCGGCGGGCGCUUCAAGGAGCCUUCGCGGGUUUGACGGCGUUUAAGUUAUGGAAUGUGGCUUUCUAUCAAAGCAAAGCGUACUUGUUACUUUUUUUAAAAUUUAAAUAAUUUAAAGAGUAUUUGAA